CACGCUGAGAUCUGCCACACUGUGACUUUUGAGUAAACGACCACGAUCAACUCUUCACUCAUCUUGCCGCCCCACGACAACCACGUUUUCUUCAUUCUGCAGAUAAUUGGGUUCAAUACUUCGUGUUUGCCUGCAGGUACAUGUCAUUCGCGGGCACACCGUUAGGUCAAGGCAGACGUCUGGAUCACAGUACAUUUCUCGGGAAACCGGCCUCCAACGGAAACCGCCCACCAAGUCCUCAACGACUAGUUCCUACAUCGUACGCCUACGGGGCACCUUUACUUGGGUCCCGAUCACCUCCAAAACCAACGUCUGCACGUGAGCGCAGGACUUUAACCGAUCACGACGACGGCGAAGCUCCUGCACUGACUCGUCCAGGCGGUCCCCAGCUCUACACAUCACCACCACAUAGUCCAGAGAAGUGGAGUGUCAAGGAUACCUCAGUCAAUAUCGCUACCGCGUUUACCCAGGCUGCCUACGAUAUGCAGGCCGGCAAUCCAAACAACUCGUGGGCUUCAUCGCGCCCAAAUACUUCCUAUCAUCGGGGCACUUCAGCCGAGUAUGAACAAACCUCGCGUGCAUCUGGUCAGCGUCGCCUUGCUGCGCCGCCCAACCGAUUCAACAAUGCAACAAAUAGACUCCAACCUCGUGCCAUCGGCAAGACUACUUCCCUGCAGCAGGUUCCGGACUCUGAAGGUGAAGACAAUUCUGGAGCUCGCGCCAGGAGUCCGUUGGUAGAACUCGCCGCAAAAACACUGGCUAACGCUUCCUUCUACCUCCGUCAACCCUCACGCGAACCCGAAGAUGCGUCAGUGGAGCAGCCCUCCGCCAACGGCAAGAAUGACAGUUAUGAUUACUCUGCAGAGGAGCGCGACUUCCAGAAUCAGCAGCAGACCGCGCCGCGUCGCAAAACUGUACUCAGGCGAGGCGGAGGUAUGUCCUCUGAUAACAAAGCAUACAAGCCAACACAGUCGGAUAUGGAGGAGUCCGACGAAGAAUUUGUGGAUGAUGACAACCGUAGACGGAAGACGAAGAAAAAGGAUGCGGGGCGUAUGACCACUCUUCCGACUAUAAGCGAAACCAAACGGAGGAAGAAGAAACCAAAGUCAUCGAAAGGAGCCACAGCUGGGGAAGAGAGUGAGGAAGGUGAAGAAGAGGAAGAGGAAGAACAGUCCGCACGAGCCUCUCAAGCAAGAGAGCCAGCUCCGACAUUACGUCGGUCUGCUUCCUACCACCCACAACCUCCAGAUGCUCAGCCCAUAUCCGAAGGUGCUCUACUGAAUGCAGAACAAGGACUAAGAUCAAUAUCAGAGAGAGACGAAGGCCAGCCUGACCAACCUCGAGAUCCUCCCCGUCUAUCCGUUGGGGCAAUCCUUGGAUCCUUGAUCAACUAUACCUUUCAUGGCGUUAUGAAUCUUGCCACAUGGUCAUGGGGAUUUGUGGUCGCUACGUUCUUCUUUUGUGGACAGGUGUUCGGUACUUUCAUGGGCGCCACUCUUCUAGUUCCAUUACAAUGGAUACUAAAGGGUUCUUCCGGCCUCUUUAUGAGGUACCUAAUAGUGGGUCUGGCUAUCAUGAGUGCCUGGUACAUUUUACAGGUGCCAAUUCUUAAAUAUGCCCCACGAUUCCCCUCCGGUCCUUCAUAUACUCCACCCGAAAUUCCAGCUUCGAAUAUGGCUGAACUCAACUCCCGCUUGCAACAGAUCGAGGCCACCCUAGCCGGGCUUGCACUAGAGAGUGAGCGUACCAAAGCCAAGGUCGACAAUGAUGCUCGCUCAAGAAGUGAGGUGGUUCAUCGUCUGGGUUCACUAGAGUCUCGGGUGCAAAAGGAGAACGUUAGAGUCCUGGAAGCCGAGGUUCAGCACCGCGACGCCACUUCCAGAGCAGUGCAGGCGGUCAAGAAAGAGAUAGAGGUGCUCCAGGCCCAAAUACAAGCCCAGGGCUCCUCCAAGUCGGAAGGUCCUGCGAGUGAUGAUGAAGCACGGGCCAGAAUAAAGACCCUCGAGGAACGGGUAGGGACGGUCGAGGGAAGUGUCAGGGAGGCUGCUAAAGCUGGAGCCGCGGCUGCCGGCGUAUCAUGGUGGAAUGCCGGCAAAAAGGGUUUGACGAUCAAAUCCUCUGAUGGACAGGAUGUUACGAAGCUCGUCGAACAACUGGUGGAGUCCGCAGUGGCGAUCCAUAACCAGGACACGCUUGCAAAGCCCGAUUUUGCUCUUCACUCUGGUGGCGCACGAAUAAUACCUUCAUUGACAAGUCCCUCCUUCGAGGUACGACCGCAGACAUGGCGGAGCCAGGUGGUUGGCGCGAUAACCGGGAAUGGCUACGCCAUUGGUCGCCCGCCCAUCACCGCUCUUCACCAUGAGUCUCAUAAUGGACAUUGUUGGCCGUUCGCGGGUUCGUCUGGCCAGCUCGGCGUGAUGCUCGCUGCUCCCGCGUAUAUCAAGGAGAUCACCAUUGAUCAUGUCGCCAAAGAAGUUGCCUUUGACAUGCGAAGUGCUCCUCGGCGAAUGGAGGUUUGGGGUCUGGUUGAAGGGAGCGAGAACACCGCCAAGGUCAAUGAAUGGAAGGCUGAGAAGGCUCGGUUGAGGACGGAGGCUUUGGAGCGAGGGGAGACCGUUGAAGAAGAGGAAUAUCCGAAGUCUCUUCCAAAGUCGCCUAUGUACGUUCGGAUCGCUGCGUUCGAUUACAAUAUCCAUGCGCCCAACCCUGUACAGACUUUCCCUGUUCUGGAUGAGAUCCAGGAUCUAGGUGUUGACUUUGGGAUUGUAGCGUUGAGGAUACUGAGCAACUGGGGAAGAGACGAGUUCACCUGUCUGUACCGAUUCCGGGUACACGGCGAGAGACUGGGUGAAGUGCCACCACCUUACUCCGAGGAUGUGUUGUUGGAGUCAUGACUUUUUGCGUUUUCUUCCUUUGUUCUUUUUUUAUUUCCUUCCGCUUCUAAUCCGCUCACUUGUAUGUUACUUAUAGACGAAGUCUUGGUGUCGAUCAUUACACAUGCAUUCUGCUAUCACUGUUCUCGCCAAUGCUCACAUUGUCAAAUGUAUCAUAUAUAUAUAUAUCCUCACAUCCAUGCUGAUAGGUAUCAAUUGCACUGGAGGGUUAUUGUUAAUCGUAACAUAUUUAUCUAGUGACGAAAUGAAGCUUAUGACCUUUCAUAAAUUUGCG